CCUGCCUGCCCCGAUGCCACGGCGCCUGCCGGCUGCGGCUCGGGCAGGGCAGGCAGCCAGCGGGUUAUAUUUAGCAACAGCAACAAAACAGGCAGCGGGAUCAGCUGACUGAGGCAGGGAGCUGGCGCAUGGGUUAGUGUUAGACAGCACAUCUCCUGUGCUGAAAACAGGGAGGAGAGAGCAGGGCAGAGCCGUGGAGCCAGGGGAGACAACAGCCACCCGUGCCCCGCAGCCACACAGCCAUGGCACCCCGAAUCAGAUUGAGUCUUUCGAAGCCUCUCCCAACCAUCCGUGAAACCCACGAGGAAGCGAUGGAAGAUCCAACCAACAACCCAAAGCGCACUGGAAGCACCGCAGCCAGCCCAGACUUGUACUCCAGUGAUGACUACAUUCAAUCCAUCUGCCACCUUGCCAGACCCACCUUCCCAGCCCUUCCUGAAAGCAGACAAAAGGUUCAGGACAGAAAGACCCUGAAGACCCUUGAAGAUGUGUCAUGUUCUCCACCUCUUGCGGGGACACAGCAGGAAAGGUCAAAAUGCAAAUUGACCAAUUUAAUCUCAAAUGUGGUGCCACUGGGAAAAGUCCCACCUGCAGAAGCCGACUUUUGGUCCAGAGAGGACCCCCUGGAACAGAUUUACACCUGUGCAGGAAAUCUUUGCUCCUCCAAGGCUUCUUCAUAUGGUAAAAGCACCAGCAGUGGUUACUCACAGUGCAGCUCUUCUUGCCAAAAUGAUGACCUUCAUCCCACAACCCUGAAAGAAAAAGCCACAGGGAAAAACAGUUUUCCACGAAUGUUCGGUCUUCCAAGGCUUCCCUCCCCAAGACCAGUUCAGAAAGAAGCAUUCUGCUCAGAGCUUAAGUAUCUCAGAAGGGAUGAGGGAACAGUUUUAGGGAGUAACCGCAGUCAGAAAGAAAAUGGCCCUGUGUCCAUUAACACUGAGGAGCUAUCAGCAUCCUCAGCCAGAGGGAAGCUAGUAGGAAACCCAGCCCUGCACUGCUCUGUAAGAAAGCAGAGUUUGUUCAACACUGCAGACAUAGAUGAAAAAGAAGGGAGAGAAACUUCUCACUUUGACAAAAACAUGAUGAGUGAUGUCUCCACUAAGCAGAGAUACUUCGAGUCUUUCCAGGUACCUAAAAAAGCCACGAUCCAUAACUGGAUUUCAGAGCACAGAUGCAUCUGGAAAGAAGCAAAGAUAAAAGCUUGUUUGCUCCCAGCCAUUGCUGAAGUGUGAAGAAGAAGCUGCUCAGAAUAAUUUUAUUCCCAAGAUAUAACCACCCUGUGCUCUAGCAGCUCUCCCUGGAGUCCUCACACAGAAAACAUGGCUUGAACAUGCAUGCGAGUCAGGCAGACUAUUGUGACCCAUCAUAUCCCUCAUCUGUGGACAAAGGGACAAUUCAGAGUCUCAUCUGCUAAGGAAACAGCAAUCAGUUCUCAUUUUGGAAAGGCAACAGUUCAUAAAGCAUCUCCUCCCACCUACUGCUUAGAACUGCCCUGAGCAUGAAGAAAAGCUGGAGAGAGCACAAACCCCAUCUGUGCUGGAGAAGAAGUGAUCUGUGGGAACAUGGAAAUACUAGUGUUUUCCAGCCAAUGCCAAGCAGCCAGAUGUUGCUCACACUUGGGUACAGUUAUCCAGAAAGGAACAUUUUGGCUGAUGCUUGGACAGUACGAGAUGUGCUCUCUCUGACACGUACAUUUACUGGGAGACCCAUCAUAGAUCCCUGUGUCAGCACCAGAGCCCCACUGGAGAGUCAUCUGUUAACACAGUAGCAUAUUUCUUAAAAAUCAUAAGAAGUCUCUUAAGAGGACUUUCUGGAAGGGCAACAUGGAGAAUAUUACAACUCUUUGGGUGGGGAUUUUCCUGUUGCUUGCCCUGGCACAACUCUGUUCCCUUUACUCCUUGAACUACCCCUGGCAUGAGGAGAGCUAGGAGCCCAUUGCCAUGCCAGGGCUGUGGCUGUUCUGGAGCCAGCUGUAAAGAAAUAGGGAUAAUGCUGGUUUCUGCACUGUCACAGCCAGGCUGCACACCAUGGGUACCCAUGGAAUUUGCUGGAGGAGCCCCAUGCAGGAGCCCCGUGAACGUGCACACAUCUCUGCAGGCUCAGAAGAGGAGCUUUGGCUGAGGGGCAGCCUGGGGAUGCUGGGGUGGUGCUCACAGGACCUGAAUGUAAAUUAAUAAUUUCUGUGUUUCCUUACAUAGCUGUGCUUCUGUAUCCUCACAUACCUGACCACGCUGAUGAUGUUGACUGUACUUUGCCUGGUCCUGCAAGACUGACACCUGGAAAGAACAUAUGUGCAUGUUACAAACAUCCAGCACAUAACAUAUAUAAAACAAUUCAGUUGUUGUUAUUGCUACAUGGAAUGACUGUAGGACAGGAAGCAUUCCUGCAGUGCUGUGUGGUCCCAGUGGGGGUGGUGGGCACAUGCCCAGGCCAUCCCUCACUGCCACACAGAGACUUCUCCAUCCAGAGAAACUCUCUGUCCUUGGCACUUUCUCCUGUGGUCAGAGCAAACUCAUGUACCUGUGUCUGGUGCCACACUCUCUUAUAGCCAGUCAAGAGAAGUAGGUGAGAAAACUGCAAAGCAAUACCAGCCUAAUUAUUACUACUACUAGGAACAAAUGUUUUGGCACAGUGGAGAGCACAGGGACCAGGCUGUUUGCUCAACAGCAGCUAAGAUGAGAAAUAGCAUUGGAAAGCUGCAAUUAUAAAAAUACUCACAAGUGAUUUCCAAACCACCCUCGAGCAGAUUAAAUCAGAAGGCAACUUCUGCUUAGUACUAACACGAGUGUAAAUAUGCUCAAGGAUCAAAAGGUGAGAGUGUCUGAGCUUCUCAUCCUCACAUCUCUUACCUCAAAUAUUUUUUCUCCUGUUGAAACUCAUUAGCACUAUGGAGCUGAACUGCUUCCCAGCUUUGUUCUUGAACGAACCACACAGCAAGAACAGAAGUGAAGGUGGGUCCUGUAUUUAUUAAAGCUGAUGGAAAGAGUUGAACCUGGAAGGUGCCAGCCUGCUCUGCCUCCUCCACACUUCUGUCCCUCCCUUCUCAGGUAAACACUGGGGUUUAAGUGAUGCUUGUCCUCAUUGCUCUGCUGCCUUUUAAAUUUCCUCCAUGUGAAUAUUUGAGACACUAAUGCCUAGCAAGUCUUAUGCCAAUUGCAUGUGUCACUGCUUUUGACAGAAGAAACAAAUAAAAUCCUUCCAUCCA